AUGUCCACUGCCGACGUUGAAAAGAUCACUGCUGGCGUUGCCGCCACCAACAUCAAGGAGGACAACUCCGCCUCCACCGUUGCUGCUGCCGAAGGUCGCAGGCUCUACAUUGGAAACUUGGCCUACACUACUACUGAAGACCAAUUGAAGGACUUCUUCAAGGGUUACUCCAUCGAGUCUGUCUCCAUCCCAGUCAACCCUCGUACCAGCCGUGCUGUUGGUUAUGCAUUCGUCGACGUUGCCAAGAAGGAAGAAGCCGACAAGGCCAUCACCGAGCUCUCCGGCAAGGAAAUCUUGGAGCGUAAGGUUUCCGUCCAGGUCGCUCGCAAGCCUGGUACUUCUCCAGCCGCCGCUGCCAAUGGUGAAGCCCCCAACAAUGGAGACAAGCGUGCUCCUCGUCGUGGGCGUGGUGGUUUCCGUGGUGGCCGCAGUGGUGGUCGUGGCUCUCGCUUCAGACCUCGUUCUGACUCAACUCGUGCUGCUCCAAAGGAUACUAUCACAGCUGAUCCAACUGAAACCCCGGCUCCAUCUGCUGCUGCCCAUAGCACUCCAGUCACUGCCAUCACCGAGGCUCCAAAGACUACUACUACCGAGGCUCCAGCUGCUGAUGCCGACAAGGGUCCCCGUGGUCCUCGUCGCAAGCGUGGCCCACCAGAAAAUGGAGUUGCCAGCACCACCAAGGUCAUGGUUGCCAACUUGCCCUACGAAUUGAGCGAGUCUGCUCUCAAGGAACUUUUUGCUGCCUACAACCCGGAGUCCGCCAAGAUUGCCCUCCGUCCCAUCCCACGCUUCAUGGUUCGCAAGCUCCAGGCUCGUGGUGAGGCUCGUAAGGGACGUGGCUUCGGCUUCGUCACACUCCCCAGCGAGGAAAUGCAAAAGAAGGCUGUCGAUGAGAUGAACGGCAAGGUCGUCGAAGGUCGUGAGAUCGCCGUCAAGGUCGCCAUUGAUAACCCGAAGGAUGAGGAAGGUGAAGCCGCUGAGGACGCCCCAGCUAACGGUGAAACCGCUAUUACUACCACCACCACCGCGGAUGCUCCGGACGCUACCACCAAUACUACUGCUGUCGUUACCACCCCAGCCGCUACUGCUUAA